ACGACUCCGUGCGGUUCUGCUAGCGUAAAGGGUGUACGAGUCCGACCGUUUGUCCCCGGGGGUGUACCCAACAACAAGUUGGAGAGUUCCACUCGAUGGCUCGCGUAGUGUUGACCGUUACGUGUGUUUUUGCUUUUCCAAUGAAUCAUAGCCGCACCUGACAGUCCUGAUAAGCGUGCGCAGUGUGAAACAAAUCGAUCUAAAUGUGCGAGUUGUUGAUUACUAUCCUCAAGCUCAAAGUCUCCCCCCCCCCCACAUCUGUAACAAACCCUUGACGUAUCCGAAAAUUUAAAUUCUUCAUUCUCGCGAAUUAGUGACGAACCUUGAUCCGAACAGCAAGUAAUCACUUCCAACGCCUACAUCUCCUACUGCGGGAGAUUAUACUUCAAUCACAGUCAGUGCAACUGGGGGUAGGGCGGUGGAUGUUGUAAUGCACCAAGCAACGGCAACACACGUCCUGUCCUAUCGAUCAACCAAGGAAACGCAUUCAACAUGGUGAAGGAUCGGCUGGUAGAAUUGAAAAGCAGAAGUAAGUACGCCAACCACAAUGCGGACGACCACGGUCAGGUGGAAAUGCCACUGUCCAGAUCACAGGAGGAAAUAUUCCAAAAUCUCGAAAAGUUUUCUCAACUCACUGCAUGGAUCCAAACGAUACGGGCCAACAUUACGGAAAUGCGAAAGCAGAUCGGUUCCUCCAAAUUUCACUACAAUGACAAACCUAUUCGCGAUCGGAUGGAGGAAAAGCUGAAGGAAAACAAUCAACUUUGUCAGCGCAUUUACGGCUCGAUUAAGCAGCUGGAGUCGGAACUCGGCGACGAUUGUAUCCGUACCGGUGUGCUGUUUCGCAUCAAGAACACACAGUUCCUGGUGAUCCGGGACGAUUACCUGAGCGCUUACCGGGAGCAUGAGGAGUUUGUGUCCUAUUAUGAGCACCGUAUCAUGUCGCUGAUGAAGUUGGAAGCGAAAGCAAUGAACUACAACAUCACGGAUGAUGAGGCGCUCGAGCAACUUACUGGCAAUCAAAGGUCACCAUUCGUAGGCAAUUUGCUGGAGGAAACGGAGCGUGAGCGCCAGCUGCUGCGAGACAUUAUGACAAGGCACAGUCAGCUGGAGGCGCUAGAAAAGUCACUGAUGGAAGUUCGCGAUAUGUUCGUGCGAAUAUCGAGCCUCGUAAUGGAGCAGGGCAGUCUGGUGCAGGUGAUCGAGUACCACGCACAACAGGCCACGCUUAACACCGACCAUGGUGCGCAUCAGCUGCAGAAGGCACGGGAGUACAAGAUUAAGGCACUGAAGAAGCGCACGUGUCUGCUAAUCUGGAUCAGUACCGCUCUGGCGGUGUUGCUGUUUUUGGUUAUCAUUUUCUGAACAAUUAUCCAUGCCAUUACUUAGCCACACUAAUUAAAACAUUAUUUUUUUUCAUUUAGAUUGAUUUGGUACACUUUAUUUACGGCUUGUCCUUGAACUAGUACUGUUCCUCACUAUAGAAUAAUGUACGCGCAUGUUAUGAUUGUGAUUGGAAAAAAAAAGUUGUAGCACAAUGAACAAAAUGUAGUAACAAAAUGGUGGUUUAUCUUUAUACCACAAAUGUAAUGUAUGGAAGGUUAAAUGUAAAGCUGCAAGCUUUACUGCAGAAGUAAAGUGGUUCUAUUCUGCAUUUAAAUUGACAAACCAGAUUUCAAUCAUCAUUAAACCGAAGUUUUGUGUAUGA